AUGGAAAGGCCCCACGACCCCAACGCCUUGCUGGCUCCUUUACCCUUUGUCCUCGGCCUCUGCUCGCUCUCGGACCUGCAGCAGCUGUCGCUCGUCUCACCCAGCGUAUCGGCAGUGUGUGAACUCGAGUGGCGUCUGCGCACAAUCGCGCGCUUUGGGGCGCUGCGCUUCGCCACGAGCCAAUGGCGUCGCUGCUUUCUGCUGCGCUCGCGCUUCCAGUGCAGCGCCGUGGACCGCGUGACGGCGCGGGUGUACCUUAUGAACGAUCGGGGGGAAACGAGGUUUUUCACCACGGCGCGGGGCACCCCUCUACUGUGUUCACGCGAGCGCGCCGUGGUGUACAACCGGUGCAAGCGGAUGUUUGACCUCUCCUUAAGAAUAAAUCGCUCCCUCCAGGACAUCGCCACGCUCGUUCGCCUCGUCUCGGUCGACGAAGCACGUGGUCUAUUGAACGAACACAUUGGUCUCUUGGCCGCUGUAGCAGCGCUCAAGAGCUCACUGCAGUUCGAGAGCGACCUCUUUCAAGUGGUCCCAGCGCCCGUUCUGCUCGACACGAACGCACUCUUGAGACUGCGCCACCGGUUUGAAGCCGCCGAAGACGUUGCGUUCCUCCGGUCGUCAGUGCUUUUGAUGCAAAUUUGGGCCUCGAUCGACGGACUCAUUUAUCGCCCGUUGGCGCCUCCGGCUGCCAUUCAGUCGACGACGUUCAAGCAGAGGCAGCAGCCGAGCGGCGCAGACGGGGCGCACGUGGCAGAGUACGCGUCGAUGAAGCUGCACGAGCUGUCGGGGCUGACCGUGCGCGUGGACGACGAUACACUGCGGUACCGCCUGCAGGAGGACGCGCUGUGCGUCAAUGCGCUCGUGAGCAACACGUACUUGCUCUACCUGUUCAAUCCGCUGCAGUACCGUCCGCUCGAGUGGACGUUCGACGCACUGCUUCAAGUUGGCGACGCAACAUAUGCGCUGCCCGUGCAGCGCGAAGGUGUGGUGCUGAACGCGACGUCGUACGCACUGAGGAUCUUUCUGUCGUACGGGAAGCUGCCCGACAAGUCGACAGCACUGUUGCCAACGGACGAAAGACCGAUUGGCGACCACGAGCAAACGGAUGGGGCAGCGGAAGGGACUGGUGCAGCGGCGGAAGACCCGAUGCCUGGUGGUGCUAGGGAAGUGGAGAGCAGCAGGUCGCUGGGAAUCCCGUAUGACGGACAGCGCGAGGUUUUUGCGUUCCACUUGACGGCCACGAACCGCAUGUCGAAGAAAACGUGCGUCGUGGCGUCCAAAGCGACGAGUCUGUCGCUAGGACCACCAUUACAGCCAUCACUACCACGGAAUGAAGAGCCGAUCGGUGGUCAACGUCUUGGACAUCAGAGUUUCGAGGUACCGUCAACAAAGUCUGACGGCUCGGUACAAGGUGACGAAACGGAUGGCAGUGCGAGCUCUGCAACCUCAAGGGGCGAUACAUUGGCGCUCGAGCGACACGUGCACCUCCCGUUCGAUGCCAUGAUCUGCUACUGUUUUGCUCCAAGUCGGUGUCUCCAGUACGUGGAGUUUGCAAUCGGUUUCGAGUCGUUGAUGCAUCUGCUUGGUGUUGCCAAUUUCCUUUCAGACGCUCUGGUUGCUUGUUAG